AAUUUCCAUGGGUUGCAUUCAAUAUUAAAAAAUAAAUAAAUAAAUGAUAUAAUAGAUUAAAUAUUACAAAACAUUAGAAGAAUUCUUAAACUCUUCGCUUUAAUCUCAUUAGAUUCUCCAUAUUGAUCUGAAUGGCAAUUAAAUUGGUGCUAUCAGUGUAUAAAGCUUAGGUUCUGCUUUAGCAAAUUGCACUAAUCUCUCAAAUUUGACACUUAAUCUUAGAUGGAAUCAAAUUAAUGAUUAAGGUACAUCAGGCUUAAGUUCUGGCUUAGAAAAUUGCACUAAUCUCUCAAAUUUGACACUUGAUCUUGGAUACAAUCAAAUCGGAUAAGAAGGCGCAUCAGGCUUAGGUUCUGCUUUAUCAAAUUGCUCUAUUCUCUCAAAUUUGACACUUGAUCUUGGAUCCAAUUAAAUUGGUGACUAAGGUGCAUCAGGCUUAGGUUCUGCUUUAGCAAAUUGUACUAAUCUCUCAAAUUUGUGGCUUGAUCUUGGUGGCAAUUAAAUAGGUGCAAUCAGUGCAUCAGGUUUAGGUUCUGGUUUAGCAAAUUGUGCUAGUCUCUCAAAUUUAACCCUUCAUCUUGGAUACAAUAAAAUUGGUCAAGAAGGUGCAUAAAGCUUAGGUUCUUCUUUAGCAAAUUACACUAAUCUCUCAAAUUUGAAGCUUAAUCUUGGAUACAAUAUAAUUGAUCAUUAAGGUGCAUCAAGCUUAGGUUCUGCUUUAGCAAAUUGCCCUAAACUCUCAAAUUUGACACUUGAUCUUGGUGGAAACUAAAUCAAUAAAUAGUAAUAAUUGAAAGUAAAAAGCAAGUGUCUUAAAUCAAAAAGAUUAGUUUUCUUUACAAUAAACUUCUUAUGA